AUGACCACAACCUUCUCUCUCCGCUCCAUCCCCCGAGCUUCCCUCCACCCGCCGCCGCGCCGGCUCUCUCCGGCGGCCGGCGGCGGGGGCGGCCAUCUUUCCAUCCGGUGCGGCCCCAGAGGCAACCGCGGGCCCCUCGUGAAGGGCCGCACCCUCAGCACCGAGGCGAUCCAGGCCGUCCAGUCCCUCAAGCGCGCGCACCAGACCGACGCCGCCGCCCCCGGCCCUCCCCCCACCUCCGCCGCUCCCUCACGCGCCUCCUCAAGUCCGACCUCCUCGCUGCCCUCCGUCCCGGCCGUCACCCGGUCCGAACACGGGCCCGUCACGCUCUCCCUCUACGCCGACGUGGCGUCGGCGCUGGCGAGGCAGGGGAUGGGGGAGGAGAUCGACGCGCUGGUGGAGGAGCUGGAGCGGGAGGAGGGUCCCGUCGAGUGGGGCGACAAGGCGGUGCCGAGGCUGCUGAAGGCGGUGAUCGGCGCGGGGAGGAGGGGAGCGGCGGUGAGGAUUUACGGGAUGAUGAGGAGGAGCGGGUGGGGGCCCGGGGCGAAGUCGGAGGAUCACGCGGUCAAGGUCUUGAGCCGGGGGCUGAGGAGGAUGGGGGAGGUGGGGCUGGCCGAUGAGAUCGACGAAGAGUUCGGCCUCGGCGGCGGCGGCAGUCAUUCCGGCGAUAGAGCCGAUCCAGAGAGGGAGGUGUUGAGAGUUUAG